UACCCGGCGCAGCACCGACGCACGGAGGGGGCGCAUCAUCUAAGUGAUGCCACAGCAUCAGUCGCAUUUCGACAACAAAUACUAAAAGAGUAGACCCCAAAAAAGGAGGGAGAGAAAACAGCUUCAGCCUCGAAGACAGCAACUGCCCAUGAAGAUGUCUAACGCUGACAUCGUCUUAAACGCCACCGAUCGGGUGGUGAAAUCUGUCCCCUUCCCCCUGAGCCACCGCCUUACCAUGAAGGAAGUGUUUGACUGCGAAGCGAAACCUCGCGUGGAUCUCCUGAAGGCCCACCUCACCAAGGAGGGCCGCGUGGAGGAAGCGGUGGCGCUUCGAAUCAUCAACGAGGGAGCGGCGAUCCUGCGUCAGGAGAAGACCAUACUGGACAUCGAGGCACCAGUCACAGUGUGUGGUGACAUCCAUGGGCAAUUCUUUGAUCUUAUGAAGCUGUUUGAAGUGGGAGGAUCACCAGCCACAACACGGUACCUGUUCCUCGGGGACUACGUGGACCGUGGCUACUUCAGUAUUGAGUGUGUUUUAUACCUCUGGUCGCUGAAAAUCCUCUAUCCAAAGACACUAUUUUUACUUCGUGGAAAUCAUGAAUGUAGACAUUUGACAGAAUAUUUCACCUUCAAACAAGAAUGUAAAAUCAAGUACUCAGAGCAGGUGUACGACUCAUGUAUGGAUGCAUUUGAUUGCCUUCCCCUGGCUGCACUCAUGAACCAACAGUUUCUGUGUGUCCAUGGAGGGCUCUCACCUGAAAUACACACCUUAGAUGACAUUAAAAAGUUGGAUCGGUUUAAGGAGCCACCGGCUUUUGGGCCCAUGUGUGACCUGCUGUGGUCUGAUCCUCUGGAGGACUUUGGCAACGAGAAAACCCAGGAAUAUUUCAGCCACAACACAGUGCGAGGCUGCUCCUACUUCUACAGUUAUCCAGCUGUUUGUGAGUUCCUACAGAGCAAUAACCUAUUAUCAAUUAUCCGAGCGCAUGAAGCACAAGAUGCAGGCUAUCGGAUGUACCGUAAAAGUCAGACCACUGGAUUCCCAUCCCUCAUUACCAUCUUCUCAGCACCAAACUACCUGGAUGUUUACAACAACAAAGCUGCUGUACUGAAAUAUGAAAAUAAUGUCAUGAAUAUCCGACAGUUCAACUGCUCACCCCAUCCCUACUGGCUGCCCAACUUCAUGGACGUCUUCACCUGGUCUCUGCCGUUUGUUGGAGAGAAAGUCACAGAAAUGCUGGUGAACGUGCUGAGCAUCUGCUCUGAUGAUGAGCUCAUGAUGAAUGAUGAAGAUGAGAUAUUUGAUGCCAAUGCAGCUGCAGCACGCAAGGAGGUGAUCAGAAACAAGAUCCGUGCUAUUGGAAAAAUGGCCAAAAUGUUUUCGGUUCUCAGAGAGGAGAGUGAAAAUGUGUUGACGCUUAAAGGCCUGACGCCCACUGGCAUGCUGCCGAGCGGGGUUCUCUCUGGAGGCAAACAGACACUGCAGAGUGCCACCAUUGAAGCCAUUGAAGCCAUCGAGCCGACUGAUGAGGACGGAGAAGCUAUCCGUGGGUUCUCCCCCCAGCACAAGAUCGCCAGCUUUGAGGAGGCCAAGGGCCUAGACCGCAUCAACGAGCGCAUGCCGCCUCGCAAGGACGGGGUGAACCACGUGGGUCACUCCAUGGGGAAGAUGAAUAUGUCGGAGGCAAACGGCACGGAUGACAACAGCAACAUCCAGUGAUGUGCUGUCUGAGCCUCAGAACCGUGCUGCUGUUGCGCCGUGCAGCAAGACAUUGCCAAAUCGGGAAUUCAGGCCUCAGAACAUAGAAAUAAACCAGGCCCACAGACAGAACAUGAAAAUCUGCAGCAAAUCUAAAACGGGCGAAAAAGGUCAUUUUUUUCAUGACAGUAUGUCAUUGCACAGUUGGGGGAGGGGGAAGCUGGGGUUCACAACAGAGGGCAGGAAUAAAGAGAGGCCAGAAGGCUGCAGCUUGACUGAAAAAGUGUGGUUGAAAGUUGUUUCUGCCUGUUGUUCCCUUUCUAAGUUCAAUUACAGAUUGAAUCGUUGGGGGUUGUGUUGUUCUGAGUGCUGACAAAUGUCUGCUCCUUCAUUACAGGGCCUGGCAGAAGACAUAAUUGCAGUAUCCAUGCCACACAAAUCAUGUUACUGUUUCAUAAAGUGUUUAUUAUGAAUCACUCACAAGUUCACUUCAUGUGGAAAAAGAAUCUUGUUUACCUACAUGUUUUGCUAGUAUUAAACAAGUCACACCACUUUGUGAGAGAUAAAAGGAAGCUAAAUGUGAACCUCUUAAAACUUGCAGUGCAGUCUUACCAGUGGACUUUAAAUUUAUUGAUUUACCUUGUCGUAAGAUGCCGUCAUCCUGCAGGGGGAAAGAGGACAGGGUGCUCAUCUAAGCCACUGCAGGCAAACUCCUCCUUGGGUGCGUUCCAAUACUUUUCCUUUCCUCACCUCCCUCAUUACCAGUCAUCUCCUAGCAAGACUCAACUUGGAGGGGAUGAGGGGAAGAAAGGGAGGGGAUGAAAAGACAAUUUGGAAAAUCUGGUUCCACUGUAGGUAAACACUGAGAUCUAACAUCAGAACUUGCACUCUGUCCCAUAUGAAGAUGCAACUUCAUCAUCAAUGUCCGUAGGGAAAUCUCAAAGGGUUAUAUUUUUAUCCAGACCAUCCUUAAAAUAAUUUCCUUCCUAAGUAGUUCACAUCAGAGAAGCAUGGCAUUUGAUCAAGCUAUACCUCACACACUUUCUGGAAAGUAUACACUUGUGCAUCCUCUGCUGAAGGAGGCUUUUCUCAUCUCUUCUGCAUUGCUAUGAACGGCAACAGAGCGGCAUUAACACCUGUUUCUGGACCACCAGAGUAAAAGAAGUGAUUUUGAACUUUGGGACAUACCUUGCUGUCACACACUACCUGAUUAUUUCUCACCUGCUUGUUGCUAAACAGAAAGAAAUAAAACAAUAUGUGCAGUCACUCAAGUAUACAUUAGCGCCCUUUGAGUUUUUGCACUUUUUGCUGUGCUGCAAAUUCAAUGAGAUUUCAUGCCUCAACACUACACAAAGUAUACUAUAUCAGAGUGAGGGAAGGAAAUUCUACAAAUUUGUGAAUGCAUAUAAUUAAAAAUAACAGCCACAAAACCACUGUAAUUUAAAAUAAGCAAGCUUCCGUCCAUAAAAUAUAUUUUAAGGGAUUUUAAGAAUGUAUCCUGACCAGAUUUGAGAUGAUUAAUGAUUCUUUUUGAGGAAAAUGUGAUUUCUUUUUCACUAAAAUUGAUCUCAGCUUAAUUAAGUACUCUGUUCAUUAAAACUGAGUGCAGUGUAGACCCGGCAUUUGGUUUAUAAAUCUACUCAUAUUGCAUCAAAGUGUGUUAAUCGCAUAUCAUUUCAUGAUUUUUCAAUCAUUCUUCCCUAAUCCAAACUAAUUCUACUGUGCAGUACAGUGGAGAAAACAGGCCGAGAAAAACUUCACUGAAGUGUACUGUGAUCCAAAUAAAACAAAAAUUCCCGUGUCUAAUUGACUGAUAAAUGAAAAUACAAAACAUUCUGGUUCUUUCAAAAUAAAUAAUUUGGGAAAUUCAAUACGAGUGAAGCCCCAACAUGAAGCGACACUUACUGUCACAUAAAUUUCUAGAAUUUCCUUUCAUACAUUAAUAUUUUUUCUACUUUAUAUUUCAUCUUUCUAUUAAAUGAUAAAGGUAUGUGAAUUAAGGAUGGACAAAAAGUGAUUUUUAACACAGCAUCUAUGGUACGGAACGCAUCAAUGCAUGCAAUUAAGUUCCUAAUUGUUAUGUGAGAUUAUAAUUGUGAUAGUUGUGUUUCAAAUAGUAAACUUGAAUUAUUUUAUUUUUUGAAUUACAUUUGUAGUUUUAUUUGUCUUGUUUUAUAAAUUUUAUAAAUAGGCUUCCUUUGAUUGUUUUUGUCCAUUUUUUUCAUUCUGUUAUUUAUAACCACUGCUUUUAAUUUUAUAAUGAUUUAUUGUAUGCAGAGAUGCCCUUCUAAGGUGUGAAGCCUUGUGUUUAUUUUUUUUCUGUUGUACUGAUGUACAGAAAAUGUUCAAUAGUGUGAAUGAAUAUAAUCUCAGUGAAAAGCAACUUUCAGGCUGCCAAAGCAUGAUAGCAUGGUUUUCAGAUGUAAAUGAAUCGGACACAAAGAAAAUCAUGUGUCGCACUUACGUUUAACAGGAAACAUUGUACUCUGGUUAUAUUUACUGCUGAUAUUAUUAUUGUUACAAUUUAGCUUAUGGUUAUUUUCCUUCCUCUGUUUCUGGUUCUUGUAUGGUCUUACAUGCAUAUUUCAACAAACAAAUAUAAUGGAUUUUAUCUUGCAACAUUUUUUAUUAUCUAUGGAAAUAUGUUUUGGCAUUUGACUUCCUAAAUGAUACACACAUUGUAAGCAUGCCCUAUGGGACAAAUCACAUUUUUUUACUCUUGAAUAAAAUAUGCAUGAACAAAAA